AUGCGCCCAACCGCCGUCCUGGGACUCCGCCGCGCAGUGAUUGAAGUCGAGAGAAAAUUCUCCUGCGGGCCAAAAUCGGGCGAAAUUUUCCAUUCCAACAGAGGCUCGCCAUCGUUCGACCGUGUAGAGAACAUUGGACAGAGUGUCUUUGAAGACCAGUACUUUGACUACCGCCAACAGCUGUUCAAGAACGGAGUCUGGAUACGGCGACGGGAAGGCAUCUGGCAGGCCAAAGUGCGGACAGACCGGACGAAUUCAACCUUCACCAACUCUCGAUUCGAAGAGCUGUCUGAACCCGGCGAAGUGCUCAGGCUGGUCCAGCGGCUUGUGUCUGGGGUGAAGUUCCUGCCCACGGAGAGAGAUGGCAGCGAUAUUAGACAGUCUGGGCUAGAAGUGAUGGCUCGAUAUACGACAUAUCGGGAUACCUGGAGGUUAAACCGGGAAUUUGAGGUUGUGCUAGAUAGAACGGACUUUGGCCAUUGGGUUGGAGAGGUUGAGCUACAGCGGGACAUCGAAGUGGAUGAAGACGAGAUGAAGGCCUUCAACCAGCGGCAGGCUGUCUCUGCUGCGAUGGACGGGGAUAUACAAGCCUUUAUGGAGCGUUACCAGUGGGCAUUUCCUGUCGACAAGCCUGUUGGCAAGCUGACUGCGUACUUUGCUAAGAGAUGAUCAAGGGGCGACUAUUCUUCAACUAGUCAUCUUUCAAUCUGUGGGAGUGUAGCUCUCUUCACCGGGUUCUUUCUAGUCAACAACGAGGUGGCCAUCCAGGUGGCAAUGAAGCUUCAUUAUUAUUCUCUUAAUACACGCGAAUCUCUCCUUAUAAUGGAGCAUAUCCAUCUUUGAGGCUGAAAUUGUCUCUUAAGCAGGCAGCCAUCAUUCCUGGGCCAAUACCACCUACGGUAAAGUCUGUCCUCGCAUUGUCAAAAGCUGAGCUGACGUCCAGGGAGCUAGGAGUAUUCAGUUUACAAUGAUGUGAUAAGUUAGCUGAGGCUCCUGGAAUCAAGACGGUGCCAUUGAUAUUCAAAUAACAGAAUAUCUUGUCUGUACAGUUACAGGUCCCGUGUAUAACUGAACUCAUCCGGACUGUAAAAUGCUCAUCCUCAUCUUCCUCAGAGUCGAUAUCACCAUUUUCUUGGGUAAUUUUCCAGGUACUAUCAUCCUCCGGUUCAAUUCAGGAUGUUCGAGUUGAGGUUGACGUUGACUCCGGGGCCUUCCUUGGGUAGCUGAAGAGUAACUAACAAUCCAGGAGAGCUUGCGACUUCAAGUGUUUGUCCAAGCACAAGGUAUAUGCUGCCACUUCUGCGGCAUAUCAAGGGGCUGAAGCCAUGCGGGGAAUGGGGUAGCUGUAUAACUAGAGAGCUCGAUGAUUAUUCGGAGAGAACGGCAACGGGUUCCCUUGGUAAUUUGGUAUCCUCAGGGGCAGUUUAUCAACCAGCGCCUCGGCCUUAUUUUGGAGAGCAAGUUAUAUCGAGAGGACGGGAGCAAAACUACCAUGGAGACGACGACCUCUAGCUGGAUACCGGAUAUUUGACUAUCCAUGCAUGUAGUUCCUGAGUGGUUAUCCGACAUGGUCUAUGUGUUAGGUAUGUACAUAGAUUGCACGGAGUAGGUGACAGGCCGCAGACAUCCAGCUACUUAUGUAUCUUUCCGACGGCCGGCUCCUGCUGGAGAGAUUUGCAGAUCCAAAUCCUUCCAUCCGAUUGGGGCUCACUGACAAACUUGCUCAUAUUAUCUGGUCACUGGUCACUGGUUACUGGUUACUGGUUACUGGUUACUGUUGCUGGUUGCUGGUUAGCCCGUCGAUUGACCAAGUGGCUCCCGGCAUGCAUGGAUCCUUCGGGCCAGAGCAUGUAACGAGCAGAUCGCGAGGGAGGCUUGAUCUUACCGUUAAACAGUAAUAUCCGUACUCCGUAGACCGCUACAGCUAGCUGGAUAGUUAACGGUUUGACAAUAAUCACCAAGGACUCUGGCCCCCUUUUUGCAACCGCCAGGCAUCUCAAAUCGACAUUAUUCGCAUUCCAGCAGCCAGCGCUUGAAGUAGGCAGGGAGUCAAGCAGUCUACCAACGCAACGGCCGCCCUCCAUCCUCCCUUUUGCCUAGCUCGCUGCUGCCAAUGCAUGAAUUUGUGUUAGAG